GCGACCAAUGAGAUUUGACGAGAGGCGGGAGAGGAGCUGUCAUACCGAGCGCAGUCCAGCAAUGUUCUCAGAGCAGGUUGUAGCGAGGCUGGCGCUGGAGGUGGAUAACAGCUGAACAGCACACCGUGACAUGAGUUUCCCAGCCAUAUUGCUUUUGUGAAAUUAUUUGCAUGCCUCUGCUAUGAUGGGCUGACAGAGGAGGCCUAUAACCGCGUGCAUCUCUGAGAAGAGGAUGACCCACAGAGCCAGCCCAGCGAAAGCCUAUGACUUCCUUCUGAAGUUCCUUUUGGUUGGGGAUAGUGAUGUUGGCAAAGGCGAGAUACUGGCAAGCUUGCAGGAUGGAUCCACAGAGUCGCCUUAUGGUUACAAUAUGGGGAUCGACUACAAGACAACCACAAUAUUACUGGAUGGUCGUCGGAUAAAGUUACAGCUCUGGGACACGUCAGGGCAGGGAAGGUUCUGCACAAUAUUUCGCUCCUAUUCGAGGGGUGCUCAGGGUGUAAUUCUGGUGUAUGACAUCACAAACCGCUGGUCAUUUGACGGGAUAGAUCGGUGGAUUAAAGAGAUAGAUGAGCAUGCUCCUGGGGUGCCCAAAAUCCUGGUGGGGAACCGGCUUCAUUUGGCCUUUAAACGGCAGGUGUCAACAGACCAAGCACAAAACUUCGCUGAGCGGCUCGGCAUGACAUUCUUCGAGGUCAGCCCCCUGUGUAACUUCAAUAUCACGGAGUCGUUCACUGAACUGGCACGGAUAGUUCUAAUGAGACAUGGGAUGGACCGACUUUGGAGGCCCAACAAGGUACUGAGUUUACAAGACCUCUGCUGCCGAGCCAUUGUAUCCUGCACCCCAGUGCACCUCGUGGACAAGCUUCCUCUCCCUGUUGCCUUAAGAAGCCAUUUAAAAUCGUUUUCCAUGGCCAAUGGUUUGAACGCCAGAAUGAUGCAUGGCCGCUCCUACUCGCUGACUGCCAACAACACAAACAAGAGGAACAGCCUCAAAAAAGCCAAGAUCAUCCGUCCCCCUCAAAGCCCCCCAAAAAACUGUACCAGAAACAGCUGCAAAAUCUCCUAGUCUUGGGCUCCGUCAGACUUUCCUUUUUGUUUUCUUGCUUUUUUUCGUCUGGAGCCCUCAGGAUUUGUAAAGAAAUAAUGCUCCACAUUUAGGAACGGCUGAAAGCUGACAGCAUAAACAGCAACGAACCCCUUGGAGAUCAGGAGACUAAAUGCUGCUUUGAAAUCUGAUUUCGGACACUACAAAAACAAAAUAGAAAUAAAAUAAUGGAUAAACGUGCGUUUUAAAAAUAGCGUUUAUAAAUAAAAAUGCAUGGGCCUUUGUGUGCGUGGGUGUGACUUGAUGAGUUUCGUUGCGGUUUGUGUGCUAAGGGAAUAUUUGCCAUUCUUGUUAACUACACUUGUACUCGGUAAUGAAUUGUACGGAGUCGUCUCUUAGUCCAGUGAUUUGCAAAGUAAUCGUGUUCAUGGCAGAGAGAAAACAAUGUGACGUAUAGAUUGCACAAUAAUAGCCACCGUAUGGUAUUAUCUUCUAGUAACAUUGGUUUGGUAUAAAUUCACCUUAAUAAUCCUGAAGGCGCCGCGGGGGUGUACAUAGGACAAUGAAUGCACUCGUGUGUCAGGUUUGUGUACGAAACAAGUUCUUUGAUAUAACAGAAGUUGUUUUUGCAUUGUUAUUUAAUAACCUUUUUUGGGGGAUUUAAUCAGUGAUUCUAUAUAUUUGCUUCUAUUUCUGUAAAAGCGACCGUUUUUUGUACCAGAUGCUCUAAGAAUUGCUGUGUUUCAGAGAGAGAAAUAUAUAUAUGUAUAUAUAUAUGCCAAAGAUUGCUAAGAAAUGUGAAUAUUUUCAAUGUGCAGGAGAGCCGCCAAGAGAAUGUGAUGCGCAGGAUUGUUUUAUAAGAGAGAAACCUAUUAUUUAAGAUAAAUAAAUGUCUUUCAACAUC